AUGGCAAAAUCUCAAAUAAAUACUAAAUCAAAAGACUAUAUGAGGGAUAAAGAAGUAUUUCUGAAAGAGUUAAAGCAGUUUAAUGAGAGUAAAAACAUCCCAUUUAAAAUUCCAGUUGUAAAUGGCAUUGAAAUAGAUUUAUUUCUAUUUUACUCUUUAGUUCAACAGCGCGGAGGGCUUGGAAAGGUAAAUCAAAAUGAUACCUGGGAGUCAUUUUUAAGACCACUCAGACUUCCACAUCCUUGUGUUAAUGGCUCAACACUGUUAAGAAGGAUUUAUGGAAUGUAUUUAGAGAAAUUUGAGCGAGCAAAGGGUCCCCCUGGCCGUGAUGAUGACAAUGAUCUGGAUGAAGAUCCAAGGAGAGGCCGUGGAGGUGGAAUGCCGCGAAUAACAUUUGGAGGUGGGACAUACAUAUCAGCGUCGGGUGAGGCGCUUCGUACGGGAACAAGAAUCGCCGGCCCGUCAGAGCGACUUUCGUUGUCUCUGCUGUCACCUAUGCCCAAUGAACAAGAUUUUGCCAUCAAUGUUUGUACUGUACUAGCUGCGGAUCACUCUAACCGACUACCUUUGAAUACAACACCACAUAUAUUGGAUUUUUUGUUGGCACAUGCUGGAGUUUACAACCAUUCAAGUCUUAGAGAUACAAUUGGCCGUUCGUAUUAUGAGGCCCGGGGCCGAUAUCCUCACGAAUUUUGGCAGAUGCGAGCCGGGGGCGGUGGGGCUAAAGAGUUAGCUGAUGAAAGCAAGUUCAUGCAGCCUGGGAUAGAACAGCCAGAGCUUAUGGUUCAGGCUUUAGCAGCUCAUAACACAUUAACUGACUGUCUUAUGCAAGAGGGAGGUGAUGAAGAGUUGGAGAAGAUAAUUGAUGAUAGUGGUUCGGAUAUACUAGAAGAUUGGGUGACAGAGCCAUCUGAAGAAAACCAAUUAUUUGCACCAGAAUUACCUGGUGGUGCGGCCUGUGUCUAUACUCAGCGAGUGUUGCAGAUUGCUUCCAUUGUACGCUCUCUCUCGUUCCACGAGGAGAAUGUUCAGCAUUUGGCUAAAAAUAAUACACUUAUAAGGUUUCUUUUACUCUGCGCUAAUUGCUGGGUUGGUACUUUACGCCAGAGUGGUUUGGAUACACUUGGAAAUGUUUCAACAGAACUUAUAAUCAAGGACCCGGCGACAUGUCUUAUAUCACGGCACAUCCUGUCAACUAUCCAGUCAGCUUUGGUUUCACCAGAUCGGGCUAGAGUGCUCGCCGCAUUGGAACUGCUCAACAAAUUGGCCCAGAACGAGUCUAAUGAGGAUGCGUUGUUAAAAGCAUUAGAAGCUAAGGUGUAUAGUGAUGUUUGCUCACUUUUGACAUUACGCGAUAUAAUGGUGUUAGUUUGCACGUUGGAAUGUGUGUACGCACUGACAUCUCUGGGAGAUCGCGCUUCAGAGGCCGUUGCCCGUGUACCCGGGCUUAUACACACCCUUGUGUCGCUUGUUACGGUUGAGGCGCAGAGCUACGGGCCCCGCGCGUGCAUUCUUAUGCGCGUGGUGGAAACGGUGAGCGGGCCCGCCACCAGCCAAGCCAGCGACCACGCACCACCACAACCCGUCAUUAAUAACUCGCCAGCGAAGCCAGCCGCUGAAUCUCCAGCUCCUCCAGUGGCACAGCCCACUACGCAGGUCACACCACAGAUGACUCCAGUCUCCUCCAUACAACAAUCGCAUAUGCAGCAAAGAACUGUACAGGAAAACGAACAUUUCGCUCAAGCGUGGCUACGAUCGACGUACGAACCUUUACCAUCGAACGACAACAGUGCCUGCGAUGCUGCUGAAGUGUAUCGACAGUACCUUGCUUUUUGUACGAAGAUGGGAAGGAAGGGUGUUAUUGCCCCCGCACACUUUCCGAGGCUUGUUAGAACUAUUUUUGGAGGCACUGUUGGUCCGAACACGGUCACUACAGCUUCAGGUGAAACUCAACAAGUGUAUAUUGGAAUACGCUCAAGAAACUCGCUGAACAGAAGUAAUCCUCCAGUAGGACCAUCUUCACCAAUAUUGAAAGCGCAACUAACCAACAAACCAGCAGUCGUCGAAGUAAAAACUGUAGCCCCGCCCCCUCAGCCCGUGCAGCCAGCGGCGGCACCGGUGCCGCAGGCGCAGGUGCAGGCGCACGCGCACGCGCAGCUGGCGCAAGCGCUGGACGCCGCGCCCUCCAACACCUCGCUCAUCAAGCACUUGCUCGCGCACAAAGUAGCGCAGCGCCAACAGAGUCAACAAAGGGUCGUGGGGCCUUCAACCUCUAGUGGUGUAGUUGUUCAGCCAAGUGUAACGGGAAUGGAUGUCGAUCCAGAAUCACUCAUAAAGUGUACGACCAUUACGCCAGGUGGUGUUGCCAGUAACACGCCAACAUUACAAGGAGACAAGGUUAUCAUCAGCACGGCUGAAGAACUUUUAGUACCGAAAGAGGAACCUGUGCAAAUUCAAAUAGACGAGCAAUCUCAAUUGACUAUUAAAACUGCACAAAACAAAAUGUUAGCAGAUCUACUAGAAAAGAAAUCUAACCCACCAGUUCAAGUCGUCCAAAUGACCCCACAAUUGAACGCUCCGACAAUCCAAAUCACGGAAACUGGGCAAAUAGUUCAGGUGAAAUCCGAACAGAAUCCAAUCAUUCAGAUCAACCCCGAACCCGGAUUAAUGUCGCAAGGAAGCCCAUACUUCCAAAUUAAGAACGAACAAGGCCAGCUAAUCCAAAUAAAGAAUGAUCAAGGACAGAUAAUACAACUUAAAAACGAACAGUUGCAGGGCUCGAUGGUCCAGUUUAAGAACGAGCAGGGACAGUUCGUUCAGAUCAAGAACGAAGGUCAAGGUGUUGUCCAAGGAGGUCAAAUUGUACACCAGAGUGUUAUCCAGACUGUUAAAAGCGAUAAGGAACAGAUUGUCGACACGGUGGUCACUGACCACUCCUACACUGAACCGCCGGCCAAAAAAUCGAAGCUUGAAGAAAAACUUGAGAACAACUUGCCCCAAGAGAGUGUUUCCAAGACGGCGGCCAACUUAUAUGCUGCACUCGCUGCAUCAGCUUUAGAAGACGAAGAAGAUUUGCGGCCCACUGGAGUCAUACUAGCCGGAGCGCUCCGCGCCAAGUUACCACCAAAACCAGAACCUGCGGAAGUGAUCCCGCCUUCAGUGUUAGUCGCGGGGACCUCUGAUAGUGGAUCUGUCAUAGUUCAGGAGCCAUUGCUGCAGGUGCAACAACCGGCUCUGCAAGUGCAGCAACCAAACCUACAUGUCCAACAGCCGCCUAUGCAGGUUCAGCAGUCAUCUCUGCAAAUGCAGGGUUCCGCAAUUCAGAUGCAGCAACCACAGACUCUGCAAGUUCAGCAACCAAUGCUUCAAGUGCAACCUAUGGACGUCCAGAAUAUUCUUGCGUCGCAAUCUGGUCAGCUUAUUCUGCAAGAAAAACAACAAACAACACAAUUUAUGCAGCAACCAAUGCAAAUAAUAGCAACACCGAGCUCGUCUCAAGGAGGCCUGAGUUACAUAGCUCAGAAUCUUCCUGGCAACAUGAUGCAGAAGACGAUCAUCAUAGUUCAAGGAGCCGGGGGCGGUCCACUGACUCUCACAGUGAACAACCCAGCCGGCUUGGACGAGGCGACGUUAAACAGUCUUAUUGCUCAAGCGACAGAGGCGAUAACGCAACAGCAAAUUAUACAGAAUUCGGGAGUUAUACAGUCGACACAAAGGGUGAUCGUGAGUCAACCCACGCUUGUGAGCACUUCACAGACCAUCACUGUGGUCAAAACGGCCAUAGCACAGAGUGCCCCUCAAAUCACUCCAAGUCAACAACCAUUAAUAACAACCGAACCGCAACCGCACAAAGCUCAAAUCGUCAAUCCUCCGCAAGCACAACAAAUCGUUGUAUCUCAGAAACAACCCCCCGCCCUUAUAAACACGUCAUCAGGCAGUCAGAUCGGCGGCAACCAGCAAAUAAUACAAGGCAACCAACAACUGUUGCAAGGAAACCAGCAAAUUAUUGCCGUGUCGAACAACCAACAGAUCAUAAUGAACGCACCCAUGAAACCCGGCGUGCACAGAGUAGUACAACCACAGAGAAGUCAAGUGGGAAAUGUAUCUAAUACCGCGAAUCCGACAGUAGUAGCGCAGAGUGAGAGUAAACCUAGCGUUAUACAGAGUAGCCCGAAAACCCAACAGCCUAUUAUGCGACAAGUAAUCACUCGGCAGCCGGUUAUGGUUGGCAACACUAAAAUAGGUGACAAGGAGAUGGUCGUUAAUCAUCCUGUUACAGAGAAACCGCCAACACCGAAGCCAACGCUAACACCGCCACCGGCUCCGUCCUCUUUCUCAGCAGAUGACACUCCUUGGAUAUGCCACUGGAGAGGAUGUGGAAAAUCAUUCUUGAACGCGUCGGAAGUGUUCACGCACGCCGCUCGAGUGCACUGCCCCACAGCGGCCGGCGGCGAAGCGCCCUGCAUGUGGCUCGACUGCGACAGAGUGCCGCGGAAGACGUUCGCCCUGUUGAACCACCUGACUGACAAACAUUGCACGCCGGCAGCAUUGAAAGCGAUCUUCAACUCUCGUCGUCACGCAGCCGCAGAAGCGGAGGCGAGCAAGCCCGUGUCGUUGGGAUACCCGCCUAACGCCGCGCUCGCAGCGUUGAACAAGCACGCCGCAGACAUGUUCAACCCGAGAGAACUUAUGCACAGGGCCGAACUCAGUCGCACGCCGGAGCAAUUGGAUGAAAACGAAGGUCCAGUCACAAAGAGUAUACGGUUGACAGCGGCAUUGAUAUUGAGAAACAUAGUGAUAUAUUCGAAUACAGGACGACGGCAAUUACGUCCAUAUGAAGCUCAUCUCGCGUCGAUAGCGCUCAGCACCGUUGAAGCUUCUCGAACCAUUGCCCAAGUCUUAUACGACAUGAACAAUAUUUGA